ACCUGUGCUCGCUUUUCACACAACUAAAACCCUCUGCACCUCUUAAGAACCACACACCAGAACCGGCCAUAUCCAGCCCACACACCGGCCGAUCCAACAAGCGUCUUUUCUGCCUUGAACACCCCCCUCCAAGAGCUGCCAUCUGCACCUCUCAGCCCGUCUACCUCCACCAUCUUACUUCCUCCCGCCGCCCGCGACUGGUCCAGCAUCACCCUCGUCAAUUUUCGCCGUCACUGCACGCCGACACGCUUUCGCGAUUGCUGCUGUCGCACCCUAAUAUUCCUCUCGUCGCACACUGUUCACACCGACGAGGGAACGCAUCAGACGCAGGCACCCUCCCCAGGAUCUUUGGGUCACCCAGCUCGCUCUGUGCUGCCUGGCAGCUCCUGGGUGUGCUGAUGCGAAGCCUGCGCAUCGCAACCACAACCAACACCACCACCUCGACCUACCUUUGGACGUGAAAUGUCCAUCUAUCCACCUUCUCACCAGCCGACAAAUGCUUUGAACGGUAUCGGCGCCAUGAGCGAUGGUUCGGGCACCAUUAAUCCUGCAGCUCUGAACUCCAGUGGUGUGUUGCAGCCAUCCACAGAUUCCGGACCCCGGGGUCUCAAGAGAAGUCGAUCUCCCGAACAGUAUGGCGACUAUCCACAGGCUGAUGAUGAUGCGCCGCGCAAGCGUGGGCGACCUUCAAAGACGCCUAGAUCGUCUGGAGACUUCACUUCACACGUCGACGCACCGCCCCUUCCCUCCGACCAGACAUCACCAGAGCUCACGCAAACACCGCGGGGCCAAGGUAUCUCGCAGCAUGCAGGUUCUACUCCUCUCCAAGCCUCGCCGCCGCGCUCACUCCCCAAAUCUACCAUCAAAGCAUUGCCCACGGUUAGAGACCACACAAGUGAUGUAUUGCAGCCCGAAGGAGAUGAAUAUAUGCCACGGGAAAUCGACGAACAAGGCGAGAAAAAGGUGGACCAUCUAGGUUAUCUCCAGGGUGGACGCGAAUACAAAAUCAGGACAUUCACUCUGCCAGGCCGAGGUCAGAAGCUCUUCAUGCUAGCGACAGAAUGCGCGCGACAGCUACAGUACAGGGAUUCUUACCUCUUGUUCAACAAGAAUCGUUCACUGUUCAAGAUCAUUGCCAGCGCAAAGGAAAAGGAAGAGCUUGUUAACCACGAGAUCUUGCCCUACUCGUACCGGUCUCGACAGAUAGCGGUGGUCACUGCAAGGUCAAUGUUCAGGCAGUUCGGCAGUCGCGUCAUUAAAGAUGGACGUCGGGUUCGAGACGACUACUGGGAGGCCAAAGCUAUCAAACAGGGCUUCACUGAGCAGGAUGCGGCUGGUGAAAAGCGACCGGGAGCCGCCAGAGCCAGGGAAGCUGCUGCUCAGGAUCAGUUGAACGCCAGAACCACCCACGCGGCCAGCUACGGUGAUAUUGUCUACAGUAAUGGUCCCGGCUAUGGAGCGCUUCAACCACCUCCUCUGCACUCCGGAAUCGCGGCGACCAUGCCCCCAUUAGCAAACUUUGAUCCUGCAUAUGAGCGAUUCAAGGACAUCCCCAGACCACGCUUUGAUGUCAAUGGUCCCCCGUACCAGGAUUUGACUCGCUCAAGUACCGAUGCAGAGUUGUCGAGUCAGGCGGCGCACGCAGCGGAUUUCAGCAAGACCCUCAACCAACAAAGUCGCUAUCGCCGUCACCUGGUGGAUGACUAUUGGCGCAGACCCCAUGAGCCACCUGUGUCUACUCCUCCACCUCCAGAAGCCGAAGUACCAACAACAAGUCAUCCUUUCACCUCACCAAGAUUCCCGACAACCGACAUACCUCCUCCAGGAAGUGCUCUGCCAAAUCAAGCGCAGACGUCCCAGUCCUCAAUGAAUCCGCCAUCGUACCCUCACCAACCUCCACCGAUUCAAUCUCCAGUGCGUACACCAAGUUUACAACAGCAAUUCCCCCGAGACCCGACGCAAUACACUCCCCAGCAUCAACAAUUCCAGCGAUCCUCGUCCAAUCUCUCCAUCUCACAGUCAGCCGCCCAACAGCAGCAGAUGCCUUUUGCCGGUGGUAACUUCUCUCCCCAUGGUAUGACGCCGCAACAGCAACAGCAGCAACAGCAAGGUUGGGGUGCUCCGCCUCCUCAACCUCACCAGUCUCCAGCCUUACAUAGGAUGCCUACGCCCCAUUUUUCACCGAACCUUCCACAAGGCCAGAUCCCUUCGCCGAUGCCGGGUGGGCAUCCGAAUGCCUCCCCUCAUCCACAGCAGAUGCAACCGCCUCAAAUGCCGAUGCUCCAUCAUCAGGGUAGUUCUGGUAAUCUCGGUGGACAGCAGCAACUUUACGGACCUGGAGCAGCGCUUCAAGCCAUGAAUGCUGCUGGCUAUGGUGGAAUGGGUAUGGGCCAGAGGCCGAUGUAUGGUAUGGGUGGGCAGAAUCAGUACAUGCCACCAAAUCCUCAACAUGGACAAGGUUGGGUCGGUCCGACGCAGAAUCCCGGCCCAGGAAACCAAUGGAAUAAUCAAUACUAGCGGUGUAUUGCUAAAAUGAAUCGCACGGUUCGUUCGAGUCAAAGUCUUGCAGUCACCAUGGCUUAGAACAUGUUCGAAAAGGACGUCGACUGUACUCGAGUGGUCUCGCCAGGUCUUCUACAGACUAACUUGUUUCGUGAUGGGUACUUGCCGAGGACAUAUACUGCCUACGUCAUGCAUUUACCUCUGGACUUCAAGCUCGGCUUGAGCUCUGAGAUUGCAUGAGAGUUCUCUAUCGAACCAUGUCGGUUGCAGUGCGCCCAAGGUAUGAUUUGAAUACUGUUCGUUCAGAUCUUGGGAUUGGAGAUUCAAUAAGCUGGCUCCUGCAUGACAAGGAUCAUUUAUUGUCUGACCUAAAGCUGCGUCCUACAGCAUUUCUCGCCUUCGCCAGAACGGAAGCUAGGCACGAUGGCCACAGUGGACAAAAGAUGGAAGCAAGGGGAACUCUUUUCAAGAGGCGUACCUCUGGAAGAAGCCAUUCGAGACACAAGCACCUUCAAACAUCCGACCAAGCAUUCUACAAACAUUUUCAAGAAACACCAUGCGCGGGCCCCCAGUUUGACAAGGUUAGCCCAAAGUGCAAACAUUCCUUGCGAGUGCUACAAAUGUUCUACCUGCGGUCGGGCCUUUCGAGAAGCUUAAGCUUUGCAUGAACAUGUGAGAACACAUACCGGAGAGAAACCCCCUGUCGGGAUUGUGGACGCAACACUAUACAAACCUCGCACCUAAGAGGACACAACAAAAUACGUACGGGAUUGAGGCCGUACAAAUGUCCUGUCUGUGGUCGUGGAUUGAUUCAAAUGCAUCAUUGACAGGACGAUUGAAGGCGGAAAAGAGAUGCGGCUUCCUUGCUUCAUAAAGCGGAAGGGUGGAUUGCAUUCUCAUGAAAGGUUUUAAUUGUGCCUAUUUGACUUUCGUUUGGGUUGUUUUUAUAUGCACACCACUGCUUGGACCACAGAACAGUGCAACAGAAAGCACAGGCAUAUAUGCAGUGAUUGUUGUUGAGUUUUCUAUUCCAUUGCAUCAUAGGAAGGUCGUUGUCGGGGGGCUGAGAGGAUUUUGUUGCGCACACUGGAGCGAAUACAACGAUAUGCAUUGGGUUCAAGCUGGAGGGAUGCAUAGUGAGAAUGCGUGCAGCGUUGAAAUGGGUGUCUGGAGAAAACUAGGUUGUUUCUAUCUGUUUUGUCUUGUUUUUGUUUUGUUUUUGUUUUUGCUUGGAUGACAGUGUUUCCAAAGGGUCGCGAUGGUUGUUGAAUACUCUCCAUAUGGAGAGAGCUUGUUCGUUCAAUAAUCAGUCGGCUCUUCCCAGAGGUGUUGAUUUUGUUUUACCAAGUUGUUCUCUUCGAGUGUAUGAUAAUUUCUUUUGACUGGCCUUUGUUUUUGACUUUUUGUUUUUGAUACUCUUCUCUUGUUUUUGGUUGUGUUUUGCCUCCCCCUUUUUUUGAUGGUUUGCAUCGUUGUUUGGUUGGAUGAAGCAUAUGAUGGGAAGUAUGGGUAUGGAUAUGAAUAUGGGACUUUGGAAACUUGGGAUUUGAAUAUUUCAUUGGAAAUUCAGGAUUUGGGACUGCUUCUUUUUUCCCAUCCUUUUAGUAGCAUUGUUCGGAAUAGGGAAUUAGGGAUGGAAACGGCACAGUCCAACCUCACCAGAUCGGUUGUAACCACACACAAACACACAGAGCGGUAAUAAUACUUUUGAUACUCCUAUUCUAUUUAUUUAUCUGUUCA